UGUCAGCUUACAGCAGACGACGCGUGUUGUGAUUGCAACAUCUUUUCUUGCAGUUUCCACCAGCUUCCCGAGCGUUGGGCUCCACGUGGACGAAUUCAAUUGGAAGGUUGUUGUUUAUCUGUUGUAAAACAUUGGACAUAUGAUGUUAUCAACAGUUUUUGGAAAAGGGACUCAAGUAUAUGCCUUGGGAAGGAUGUGCCCAAGGUGUUUGAGAGAGUCUUGGAAGAGUAUAUCUUUCAUUAGAUACUUCAGCAAUUCAGCCUCUAACAAGUUUUAUCCUCAGAAAUCCAUUCACCAAAUACAAGUGAUCCAUGUUUCUUCAAGGACAAGCCUUUUAAGAAGAACUUCACAUCCUAAUUUUUCCUUUGGCUUAUUACCCAUAAGUCUGUCAGCUGGCCUGACUCGUUCUUACGUCACAAGUGCAGGCAUUCAGAAAACUGUGACUGGCCUAGUUGCCAAGAGACCAGCGAGAAAAAAAGUUAUACCUUCUAAAGAAGCCCAGGAUGGCAAGAUGAUGGUGACAGCAUAUGCUAUGGCUGAGGAGUUAAACAUCUCUCAGCUGAGGAAGGCACUAGAAGCCCAGGGACUGUAUGUCAUACAUGAACUGCCAGUCGAUGUGACCGGAGGCCUAUAUGCAAAGGCCAAGUACAAGGUGGAUAAAGAACUUAGAGAAAUGUUUUUUUUCAAGAUAGGUUCUGUGGUCUUUUGGAAUACUCCAGAAGUUGAGAGAAGUGAAGUGCUGAAGUUUCUCAGGAGGCACUGUGAGGCUCCCUAUGACAGGAGUAUCGUCAUGCAUGAGAUGGAAGACAUGCCCUUUAUUAUGACAAAUGAGCCGACAAACCUGGUGGGUGAGUUGAUCCAGAUACAUGAGAAAGAGGAAGAGGAGGGCCACCAGAUUCUGGAGAAGUACACCUUCUCCAACGCCCUGUCUCAGGCUGUGAACCUGGGAGUGUGGGAGGCAUCUCUGGAGAAGCUUGUGGACCUCGUAGAGCCAGUCACAGAAGACUUGCGAGAUGGAAAAAAGAUACGCAUGUCACGACGUGAGGUCCUGCGAAGGACAGGAGAGCUGUUUUCUUUACGGCAUGUGAUAAAUCUGAGUUCUGACCUGCUGGACACACCCGACUUCUACUGGGACCGAGGCAUGCUGGAACCGCUGUACCAGAAGGCCUGCAACCACCUCAACAUCAGCAGGAGGACCCGGGUGAUGAACGAGAGACUGAGCCAUUUGUGUGAGCUGAUGGAGCUGCUGAGUACUCACCUGAAUGACACGCACCACACACGGUUGGAGUGGAUGAUCAUCAUCCUCAUCCUGGUGGAGGUUGUGUUUGAGAUCGUGCACUACAUAGAGCGUUACUUGUCUGCUGACCAGCAAUACCAACAGGACAUGGCUGUACAAGAAGGCCAACAAUCUUCAUGAGCCGUGUUAUUAUCUUGAUUAUGUUUCCUUGUAUACCUAUACCAUAGAAAAUAAUAAACAUAUACAUUGAUAUAUUACAUGCGAUGAUGAUAUA